CUUCAACUUGAGCAUCUGAUGGUUCAUGUUGUCGCAGAGACUGGCGUUACGAGUUAUUGAGCAGCUUGCCAGUUUCCACAUGAUGUCCAGACUGAAUUAAGAGCUGCCAAGAUGAAGACACUCAUUGUUGCGCUGCUCCUGGUCUUCGCUGCUGUCCACGGCGAAUUGGACCCAAAUGACCUCAACUCCAAGCUCUCUGAAUUGGGCUAUGAUGGACCGACUCCCCCAUCUCUUGAACAGGGGCAAAAAGCCUUUGAAGAGCAGUGCCGAAAGUAUGGAGGAGAAGAAGCAGUAGAAAAAGGAAAGAAAGCGCAACAAGCCAUGAUAGAUUGCGUUCAGUCGUUGGUCAACUACACGGCCGUGCAAACAGAAAUUGAGACUCUCAAGCCAACUGGAGAGCUAGACACAGUAUUCAAGAAGUACUGCAAGAAAACCCCUGAUCUGAUGGUUUGCACAGAACAACUGACCCAGGAUAUCGAAGGAUGUCUGGCUGAAGACCAAAAGAAGGUGUCCAGCAUUGUUCUAAACGUUACAAGCACGUUGCUCAACUUCACUUGCUUCAAAGAAGGCGAUAGAAUUGCUUUGUUCAUUGCUGAGGGUGGUCCAGAGUGCUUAGAGUCAAAGCAAGAAGGAAUCCAAAAAUGCUUAAACCAUACAUUUGGCAAGUACGGAGAACCUCUUAGCAAAGCUAACUUUUCCGACCUCUCCAACUUCAACUUGCCAUUGAUACUUUUUGACGAGAGUCAGUGCAAGGAUCUUGAUGACGCAGUCAAGUGUGUUGUGCGUGUUUUGGAAGAGUGCAAGGACCCAACACCUGCAAACGUGGUCGAAAGUGUGCUCAAAGUGGUGAAAAGAGUGAUUCCAUGCAAAGAGCAGCCGGUGACGAGUAAGGUUUUGACAAGUGAUGGUUCCUCAAUCUCGCUGGGAUAUUCUUUGCUGAGCGUUUUAAUAUCCCUGUUGCUUGCGUUUUUGGAAAGAUACUAGAUAGCUAUUUUUCUCAUUUCGCUGCCAGUCAAUUUUUCACUAUGGAAUAGUAUGAAAUUCCAUUUGCGCUAAAAUAAUUUUAAGUUCUAUUUCCGCAGACCAUAUAUAAUGUUUCUCUGACAUGGUGACCUACCACUAUGGUCUUUUAAGAGACUGGCAACGAAUUUGUGAUAUUCCCUCUGAAAGGAGAUAUAACUCUUUAAAUUUAUUCUUUCUCCAUUACAUUUUUCAACUUUGGUCGAUUGACUCUAUUUUUACACUCGCUGUUCAAUGCAGUAAUAUUUUUCCAACCAGGAUAUUGCCACACAUGUUAACAAUUAAUCAUAGAACUUGAACGAGUGUCCAAUCAUCAGCCCGAUAGAGUUGAUUAUCAAGCGGAUAUUGUAAUGGAUGUUAGAGAAAACAAUCAAUCGGAUAUUUCAACACAUAUUAAUUUGUUGUCUUUGGAUACUAUUGAUACUGUGAAACUAAGCUAUUUAUGUUCCUUCAAGUGUUUGCUUUUCAUAUUUAAGGUAAAAUGAAAUGAUUAAUAAAUUGCAUUAUUUGUUAUACUUAUUUGAA